AUGCGGCAUUUUGCCAAAAAAAAACAAAAAAACAAAGUCCGCCAAAAGCAAAAAGCCAAUCCGCAUGCUAUGGGCCCGAUUUGGGGAUCCCAAGGGUCUGUCCUUGGCGCGGGCCCUUGCGGGGCCAUAGCAUGCGGGGAAGGUUUUUCGAUUCGAAACCAAAUGGAGGCCAGCCCUGGAGUGAGAUUUUUAGCGAUCGCCGUGCCGUCGUGCAUAACAUUACUCACGAUGGCACGGUGGGCAGAGAAGUUGCGUCUUUUUUGGCGUAAAGGCAAAAAGACCGCCAUGACCUCACUACCUCCGCGGACGCGGCUAUUAUUGGUAGUGGUGCAUCUGCAUGUUUAUAUUUGUCACCGGCUGCCUUCUUUUACCUUUUAG